AUGGUUACCGAAAGCCUUCACACGAAAUGCCGCAGCAAAUACUACGCCGGGGACUCUCACAUCUCACGGUUCUUUGUUCCUGAUGAUAAAGUUCCUUGGGCUGUUGCCUUUGACUGUUACAAACCUGUGCAGUACACUGCUCCUCAUGGUUUGACAGCUCCUUGGGCUGAUCCAGACAUCUUGUCUACUAAAGAGAAAUUACGCUUUAAUCAGAUCGAUGGAAAAGUUGAUCGCACAAGUUUUGAAGGGCCAUAUCAGCUCGAUGUGAACGGUCUUCCAUUAAACCCCUGUGGCCGUACCGGCAUAAUCGGUCGUGGUCUCUUGGGUCGAUGGGGUCCCAAUCACGCUGCAGACCCCAUUGUUACGAGGUGGAAGUUGGAUGAUAAUGGGGGGAAAGUGCUUGAACCUAACAGUGGGAAGCACAUUCUCCAAUUCGUUGCUAUAAAACGCCGGGAUACUGGAGAAUGGGCCAUCCCUGGUGGCAUGGUUGAUCCCGGUGAAAAGGUCUCCGCCACUCUGAUUCGUGAGUUCUCAGAGGAGGCCAUGGGCUCACUGGACGCUGGAGAGGGCAACGUGGAACAGAUUCGGUCUGAGGUGAACAAGGCUUUCCAAGAGGGCCGUGAGGUCUACCGAGGUUAUGUGGACGACCCUCGGAACACAGACAACGCCUGGAUGGAGACGGUUGCUGUCAACUUCCACGACGACACUGGCACUGGCCUCGCAAUGUUCAAACUCACCGCAGGUGACGACGCGGCUGCUGUGCGCUGGGUUGACGUCGAUCCGAACAUUCAACUCUACGCCAGUCACAGACACUUCAUCGGGUUAACGGCCAAACUCCACAACGCCAGUUGGGAUGACCUCGAUCGUGGAACCCACUGA